AUCUCAAGCCACGCCACCACUAAAGAGGGGUUCCCCUUACGGACAGCAGGCAAAGAGCGCAGAGGCUGGCAGAGGCUUUAUAAGCAUUAAAGCUUGGAUAAUAAACAACAGGGAAGUGCCGCAGAAAGUCACGCUGCGCUGCGUUUGAACUUUCUGGAAGUGAAAUGACCAGAUUUGGAGGCUGAAGUGAAGCGGCUCUGUUCCUCAUAGUGCGCCCCUACGACUCCCUCUUAAUGCCCAAAGAGUACAGAAGAAGGUCCUCCAAAGAUUUCGUAUUCUUUCCAACUGGAGUAAACGACGAGGCACGUUUAGAGCGAAGAGCAGCGGGGAAGCCUUCCCAAAUUUGCGAUGAGCUCAUACAGAAAGCUGCUCAGGUCGCCCCGUCGUCCGGAGCACCGGCUGUGAUGGAUGCGCCGCAGGUACCGCAGGUCACCAUCACCCCGGAGGGAAGCGGCUCCGCUCGAGAGAUUCAGGAGGAGGACUGGGAUGAUGCAGUGGACAGCACUUUGCGCAGAAAACUGUCCAACUCUUCCAUCUCAUCUACAGGAUCCUCUGUUCUGGAGUCCGAGGAUGACUUACUGAGUGACAACGAGAGCAAAAGCAAAGGCAUCAUUACUUUGGAGCCUCUGAUUGAUCCUGGAGAGAGCAAGUCUUGGUGGAAGCUAAAGACGUACAUCCGGUGGCCCUUCAAUGCUACUCACAGGAAAAAGCUGAGCUGGGUUCAGCUAGCCGGACAUAAAGGCAACUUCAAAGCUGCAGGUGAGGGUACCAUUCUGAAAAAGUACUCCGAGAAUGAGAAGGAGUGUUUUGAGAAGCUGAAGGAUGACACGUUGCUCCAUUUUGUUCCUGAAUACCACGGCGUUGUGGAAAAGGACGGAGAGUUUUUCCUGCACAUGACCGACCUGCUGACAAAUUUUAACCAUCCUAAUGUGAUGGACUGCAAGAUGGGAGUGAGGACAUACCUGGAGGAGGAACUUGUGCGAGCGAGGGAGCGACCCAAACCGAGGGAGGAUUUAUACAAGAAAAUGGUGGAGGUGGAUAGUAAUGGCCCGACUCCUCAGGAGCAUUCCCAACGGGGUGUCACUAAGCCUCGCUACAUGCAGUGGAGGGAGACCAUGAGCUCCACCAACACCCUGGGCUUCAGGAUAGAAGGAAUCAAGAAACAUGAUGGUACAUGUCGAACGGAUUUCAAGAAAACCAGAUCGAAGCAGGAUGUCAUCAAGGUGUUCAAGGACUUUGUAGGAGGGGAUGUCAACAUCACAAUGUCGUAUUUGAACAGGCUGGCAGAGAUCCGGCAAGCCCUGAAGACGUCUUACUUCUUCCAGCGACAUGAGGUCAUUGGCAGUUCUCUCCUCUUUAUCCAUGACGACACUGGCAAAGCAGAGAUCUGGAUUAUUGAUUUUGGCAAGACCACAGCCUUACCAGAAGGCCAGACAUUAAAACAUGAUAUUCCCUGGCAGGAGGGCAACCGUGAGGAUGGUUACCUGUGGGGGUUGGAAAAUCUCUACCACACGCUGGAGUCUGUAAGCAAUGAAGAGCCUAACAAAGAAACCUGUUGCUCAGUUACCAAUGAAAACAGCCAAACAACAGAAACAUUUGACCAGUAACCAGUUGUUUUAAUGGACUUCACAGAGUUUUAUAUACUUUGGUUUGCUUUAGGUGAACUGUAAGUACAGAAAUGCAACUACAACAGAUGUUUUCUUUAAACAAAUGUCACAUCAGGUGCAUCCACUGACAUGAACAGAAAUGGCAUAAUGGACCCUGAACUGAGAGAAGCAGAGAAUUUCAAACAAAUAACUGAACGAUUGAGCAAAUGCACUGACACUAAUUCAACUUCCUACAAAGCAACAGAAGUGAAAGUGGGGGGAUUCUGCAUUUCAGUUUCAGAGGCAAGGAGUUAAAUGUGCAGAAAAUGCUCAGAACUGAAUCAUAAGAUCAGUGUGCACAAGUUUACAACUCAGGUUGCAUAUACCAUCUACUGCAACUAUCAGCUUUGAUGAGAAAUUAAACUGUUCAGGAAGAAACUGACUGACAGACCUCACAGUUGUAUAACUACAGCGUUAACACAUUACCCAUGAUAGCACUGCACACUGCAUUAUGAUCAGACUACAUUAUGUGUGCCCCUGUUUUGGAGUACCAUAUUUUACUGUUUAUCAAAUUACUUGCUUUUUAUUGAUUUAAUCUUGUAAUCAAACUUGUAAUUACUACUGCAAUACUUAAUGCUGCACUGUUCGUCAUACCACAUAUAGUGUGGGUUAUUAUAAAAGCUCAGAUAUGAUCUAUGUUGUUAAUCAUUAAAUGAAUCAACAUGUGCAUGAAGUCUAAAUGAGAAGAUUCAGUUUCUUUUGUGUUUGCACAGUUAAACACUAUUUUGAUCCUGUACACGUUGCUCAGGACUCUCUUUUACAUUUAAUGUCACUGAAGCGAAAGUGAGCAAACACACACCAAUUAGAUGAUGUUAUGACCCGGCUUGGCUAGGGAAGGAGGAAGUAACAAAAGAAUAAUGCCCAUAUGUAAGGUAGAGUAAUAAGGUAUUUAUUUUCCCACGUGGCAGGUGGAACGUAAAAUGACAGAAACAAACUGGAGGGAUAGGCGGGUGGUGCUGCUCAAAUCAAACAAACUAAUAAAACAGAACAGACUUCAUAAGGGGAAAACAACAGCCAGCCUAACUAAGGUUCAAAUCAAAACAAAUAAAAACCUAACUGGCUGCACUGAAUCCAAAACUAACCAAACACAACAGAAGCAGCACUGAUAACUUGCAAUAAACAAAAACUACUCUGAAAGUAGACAGGUCUAACUGACCCACUCUCCAAACAAUUAACAAUUACAAUGAUCUUACAAAACUCAAGCAAAAAGCCUUAAAGGCGCAACACUAGACCAAAGAGGUCAGACACAAUUCAAUAACAUUCUACAAAGCACAGCCAAAUGAGCAAGAGUCUUUACCAAGAGAGCAAAAUGUCUAACAACACAGCUGCUGGAAGGGGGCCUGAGCAGCAGCAGCGAUUGGUCCAGAAGGCAAUGAACCAGGGAGCAGGUGAGGAAGGUGUGGUGAUGUGGAGCCAAUCCCAGCCAGGCGAUGAUGACUUACAUACAUACAAGAUGGAUUAAGUAGUUCAACAGAUGAUAGUCACAACAGAAGAAUAAAUAUUGAUUUAUCUGGGGAAAGUGUAAAUGGAAGAGUGAAAGAAUAUGAAGUGUUUUGGAUGUUUUGCACUUUAAGCUCAGUUUGGAUGAAAAUAUAGAAAAAGAUUUUACGCCAAUGUGAAAGAAUAUUCAGUAAACCUAUUGAACUCAAACAUAUAUGUUUUUUGUUUUACCUUAUAAUAAAAUAAACCAUUUACUUGUUUAGGUUCAACAAAAAGUCACAUGAGUGAUGUCAAAACAUAAAUACUCAGUAGAAACAUCCACUUAAUGCAUUUUUAAUGCAUCUGUGUUGUAUUUCAAAACUGAAUACCUCCUCCUGCUGGGGAAACACAGGUAUUUUUACCACUGCACCUGUAUAUGCAGAGUAACUAUUUGUAAUGGCAGAGAUCAACCAUGGAUUCAACAUUAGCAAAAACAAAAGAAGAAAAAUCAAACAAAAAAAUUAUGUGCAGAGGUUUACUCCAGUGAACAGUGUCAGGACUAAAUUCUCUUCACUUAGACAUUCAUAAAACCACCUACUGGCUAAGUACAUUUUACUGGGACUCAUGGCAAGAAAGGUAAUUCAAAGUAUUUUACUAGUUAAUCAGUAGUUUCUGAUCAAACACCGUUUCUUUUGCAAGAAAAA